AUGUAUGUGUACAACCUCAGCGUGUAUGUGUACAACCUCAGUCUGUAUGUGUACAACGUCAGCAUGUAUGUGUACAGCGUCAGCAUGUAUGUGUACAGCGUCAGCAUGUAUGUGUACAGCGUCAGCAUGUAUGUGUACAACCUCAGCGUGUAUGUGUACAGCGUCAGCCUGUAUGUGUACAACGUCAGCAUGUAUGUGUACAGCGUCAGCAUCGUGUAUGUGUACAACCUCAGUCUGUAUGUGUACAACGUCAGCAUGUAUGUGUACAGCGUCAGCAUGUUUGUGUACAACCUCAGCCUGUAUGUGUACAGCGUCAGCAUGUAUGUGUACAGCGUCAGCAUCGUCAGCAUGUAUGUGUACAACCUCAGCGUGUAUGUGUACAACCUCAGUCUGUAUGUGUACAACGUCAGCAUGUAUGUGUACAGCGUCAGCAUGUUUGUGUACAACCUCAGCCUGUAUGUGUACAGCGUCAGCAUGUAUGUGUACAGCGUCAGCAUGUAUGUGUACAGCGUCAGCAUGUAUGUGUACAACCUCAGCUUGUAUGUGUACAACCUCAGUCUGUAUGUGUACAACGUCAGCAUGUAUGUGUACAGCGUCAGCAUGUUUGUGUACAACCUCAGCCUGUAUGUGUACAACGUCAGCAUGUAUGUGUACAGCGUCAGCAUGUUUGUGUACAACCUCAGCCUGUAUGUGUACAGCGUCAGCAUGUAUGUGUACAGCGUCAGCAUGUAUGUGUACAACCUCAGCUUGUAUGUGUACAACCUCAGUCUGUAUGUGUACAGCGUCAGCAUGUAUGUGUACAACCUCAGCAUGUAUGUGUACAACCUCAGUCUGUAUGUGUACAACGUCAGCAUGUAUGUGUACAGCGUCAGCAUGUUUGUGUACAACCUCAGCCUGUAUGUGUACAGCGUCAGCAUGUAUGUGUACAGCGUCAGCAUCGUCAGCAUGUAUGUGUACAACCUCAGCAUGUAUGUGUACAGCGUCAGCCUGUAUGUAUACAGCGUCAGCAUGUAUGUGUACAACCUCAGCAUGUAUGUGUACAGCGUCAGCAUGUUUGUGUACAACGUCAGCAUCGUCAGCAUGUAUGUGUACAACCUCAGCGUGUAUGUGUACAACCUCAGUCUGUAUGUGUACAACGUCAGCAUGUAUGUGUACAGCGUCAGCAUGUUUGUGUACAACCUCAGCCUGUAUGUGUACAGCGUCAGCAUGUAUGUGUACAGCGUCAGCAUGUAUGUGUACAGCGUCAGCAUGUAUGUGUACAACCUCAGCUUGUAUGUGUACAACCUCAGUCUGUAUGUGUACAACGUCAGCAUGUAUGUGUACAGCGUCAGCAUGUUUGUGUACAACCUCAGCCUGUAUGUGUACAACGUCAGCAUGUAUGUGUACAGCGUCAGCAUGUUUGUGUACAACCUCAGCCUGUAUGUGUACAGCGUCAGCAUGUAUGUGUACAGCGUCAGCAUGUAUGUGUACAACCUCAGCUUGUAUGUGUACAACCUCAGUCUGUAUGUGUACAGCGUCAGCAUGUAUGUGUACAACCUCAGCAUGUAUGUGUACAACCUCAGUCUGUAUGUGUACAACGUCAGCAUGUAUGUGUACAGCGUCAGCAUGUAUGUGUACAACCUCAGCAUGUAUGUGUACAACCUCAGUCUGUAUGUGUACAACCUCAGCAUGUAUGUGUACAGCGUCAGCCUGUAUGUGUACAGCGUCAGCAUCCUGCAUCUACAACGUCAGCAUAUGUUGCAUAUAAUUCGCUGUACGGUUGAUUGA